GUGUGUGUGGGAGGUCUUUUGACCUGCGUGGUCCUGUGGUAAGGUAUAAAAGAAGAACACACAGAGGUCAUAAGCGCUGAGGAUCAUCUUUCUUGAAGGACUGUUUCUUUUAUUAUUCAGAUUCUUCAGUGUACCUGACUUCAACAAGGAGGAGAAACAUGCUGACCUUUGUUCCACUGUUCUUACUCUUCGGCUGGAUGCUGCCUGCAGACUCAAUGACAAUCCGUUUCAACUUCCCUCUUCGACGUACCUACCAGGACAUCCCAUUGAGCAUGUAUGAAGACUCCAUUGAUGACAUGUACUUUGGCUGCGACAAUGAAAUGAUGGAAAAAGUCCAGACUUAUUACUUGAAAACAGAAAUGAAGUUUAAACCAUUUGCAAAAGCUUGGUCUAGUGCAGACAAGUGUGCUGAAAAGAAACCAAGUGAAGAGGAUAAAGCUCUCACCAAAGAUCACAUGCAAGCAAUCUGCGUUUAUACUAGUAAUGACACAUACGCGACGUUCAAUAAAGCAGUCAGGGAAGAAAAAAGCAGCUAUAGCACCAAAUUUAAGUUCCACUCUCUACAUUUUCUUUUGACGUCUGCCAUCCAGAUCUUGAAAAGCAAUAACCACUGUCACACCACAUACAGACGCAGCCAUGACACGUUUACUGGCCUUGAAAACCAGAUAAUUCGGUUUGGUUCCUUCGCCUCCAGCUCUUACCGUGAUGACAUAUUUGACUUCGGAACAAAGACUUGCUUUAAAAUCAAGACGUGUUUAGGUGCUUUUUUAAAAAACUAUUCAGUUUACGAUGAUGAGGCAGAAGUGCUCAUUCCCCCGUAUGAAACCUUCAGAGUCACUAGGAAAAUUAUUGGUCGCAGUGAAUCUGGAGAACUGGAAGACUGUGACCUUGUCUAUGAGCUGGAGAGUGCCGGAGCUGUGAGCAGAAUGAACUGCAAAGCUGUGUAUCCAUGGGUCAUCUCUGCUCCUUCAUCCAGGCUGCAGGAAAGAAAAAACCUGCUCCGGUCCCGUCCCAAGCUUUCUGACUUUCUUAUCACAACUGAAUAAGUUAAACAUGCCAGCUGUUACGUCAAAGGGACCUUUCAGAUGUGCUGUU